AUGAGGACAGAGGCUGCCAAAUUUUGUUCCGUCUCCAAGCAGACCAGUCUCGAGAGUUCCCUUUGCAAAAAGGAGAAGUGGCUUAGUGAGAAGCAAGCCCUCGACAAAUGGGGACAGGCAGACCUGGACAAACACUUAGAAUCAGGAAGAGUGGUCUACCGCCAAGAAGAAGAUGCUUGGGACCAGCUGCUGGGCAAAGAUCUCAUCGGCUUGCUGUCAGAGCAAGGCCCUGGGAAGGGUGCCCCUGCAAAGGGGAAUGGCAAAGGCAAAGCCAAAAGCAAAACCAAAAGCCAGCCACCCCAGCCUGCCUUGGAAGAUAUGUCCACUGAGGAGCAGCUUCAUGAAG